CCCAGGAAUCAAGUCCAUAAUCUUGAUGAUGUUAGCAGCAUGUACUAGAUGGGAUACAGGGAUGUGGAUUUGAAAAGAACUAGUUCAUAGCAUUGGAGAAUGGGAAGACUGUCACUGACCGGAGAUCGAUCAACUUAGUGGAAUCGAAUGGAUUUGUGCUAAAAUAGAAUGGAAUUACAUCAGCAAUGAAAGCGAAAGCGUUGAGCUAACAGCUGUGGUCCACGGUGACACAGCAUCGCCCCCUCCCCUUUACAUAGCCUAUAAAACGGAUUCACACAGCGUUUCUGCAAGGACACUUUCGGGUCUCAUGUGAGAAACACACGUUAUAGCAGGAAAAUGGUCAAACUGCCGAAUUUGACGCGCCGGAGGGCGACCAUAGAAGACGCAGAAAAAGUAGGAGCUGUUUGCAGUCAAGUAGUGGAAGAAACUGCGAAGGAUUCACAUGGUCCGAGGAAGGACAAACACAAGAUUAAAUUUCCGUUUAAAAGGAUCCUGGGUACCAAAGAUGGAGCAAACACUGCAGCAAACACUGUUUCUCAACCAGCUCCAGAGGUGAUCCUGAGCUUUGAGGAGAACUUAAGUCAGAACCAAUUGGCUAAAGCCAGUAGGCAGCUUAUAAUGAGGGAGGAUGCCAUAUUCGGGCAGCGCACUGAUCAAAAUUCAGCCGGUGAAGAUGAGAUAGUCAAAGAGAGAGACCAGCUUCAGAGGGACUACGAAAUGUUUCAGGUGCGUCUGUGGAUGGUCAUACAUGCCACGUUCCAGGACAAGUCCGGCGAGGGGGACUCGGAGGCUUUACACAGUGCUGUGACCUCAAUAAUGCAGGAGGAGGAACAGGACAAGCGCUGGUUGGAACCGGCCGAAGGCCUACAAGUGCCGGAAUGGCGUCCGAGGAAGUGUCUGAUGGAACACAACCUCCUCCUUCAGAAGAUCGUGAACGUGCGGAUCAAGAAGGCGGAGGAGGAAGUGAACGGCGCAGACAACUUGUCCACUAACCUGAUGAAACAGGUAUUUAAGAUUGGCAAACGAGUACAGGCGGACUUAUUGAAAGUCGUGAACAACGUGAAACAGUGCUACCCGGAGGACCUAGAUGUCUGCAACGUCUACGCACGACUAUAUCAUGAAGCUUUCUCCAGGCGUCUGCGGGAGUUUGCCCAGACCAGCUUGGAUGUGAAGGACUGCAGCUAUCUCCUGCUCUGGGUCAACAGUUACUAUCCAACGGAUGUGUUGAAGCACGAAGAACUGAAGAAACACAUUGACAGUGAAUCCCCAGGGGCACUGCUAUCAGAUGAAGACCUCAAGCCUUUAGAGGACCAGUAUCUAUCACAUGGGGAGGCUAAAGUGAGAGACUGGCUCGCCAAUGCCCUGAAGACGGAACAGAAGAGGUGGAUCAGUGGUGUGUGGCCUGAGCUCAUAGACGACUACUACAUCAGCCUUAUAGCUGUUGACGUCAUUGAGUUGGUUGCCCCACUUGCUGAAGAGACCUUGACUAUUUUGGGUGACCGGGUGAAAGCCCAGAGACUUCAGUGCCAGCUGGAAACCUUCUUAAUGAGCUACAAAAAGGCGUUAGAGGAAUUUUCAAAAGGACAUCACGAGACUACAAAAGCGGUUUUGAAGGCUAACCUGGUCAGCAUCGAGCAGUUCAGGGAGUUUGUUGAUAAAAGUGAGACCCCUUUCAAAGACCAGACCAGAACCAACUGCUUGUCUAUAUUGGCAGACCUCCGGGACCAUUGCUACUCGUACUUCCUGUGUCCGAUUCACAAAGAGCUAAAGGUGCAUUAUCGUAAGCUGUGGACCACCCCUUGGUUUGCGGCGAAGCAAGGGGUUCCAGUAGAACUGUUGGGUAUCCUAGGAGGAGACGUUUAUGAGUUCAGGGACCUGAAGCCUGUUUGCAAAGAGGACCUGCUGGGUCAGCUUCAUAUUGAGGUGAUGGCGAAGUAUGUCAAGAGGCUCCUUAAAAGAAAGAUGAAGUUGAGGGACCGGGAACAGCAAGAGGCUGCUGCCAAUCUCCUGUGUGAGGACAGCAAGAAGCUCAGCGCACUAUUCACCAGCAUGGGCUCACGGAAUAGCUGGCUCGACAACGUUGUGUUUCAGCUGGCGGAGGUGAUCAGACUACAGGACCCAGGAGCCAUCCAGCUGGAGGUCGUCACUCUGGCUAGAGCGCACCCAGACCUCAGUGAAAACCAUGUCCUCGCCCUGCUGUACCUCAAAGCCAACCUCUCCACCAGUGAAGUUCGCCGGAUAAGGGAGAGCCUGACUGAGAACCGAGGCACCUUGGAAUCCUGUCCCGGUCACGCCUUCUUCGCCAAGGCACUCGUGCUGGACAGCUCAUUCGGUCGGUGUGGUGGGCAGACUUUGUUCUACGUGAAUCGAUGGCGGAAGGAGACGUUGUCCAGAAUCACUGCUGCUCUCCACCCUCCCUGCUGUCUCAACUUCUACAUUUCAAUGCAAAUGUGCUCUUUGUACAAAAUUGUUGUGAAAUAAGCUGAACUUGAAUAUUUUUUACAAAAUGCAUAAAAGGGAUGUAUUACUCAUAUUAAAAGUAUUAGACUGUAUACAGUAUGUCAGUUGAAAGUAUGAUAUACAUGCUGUAUUUUAAAUAAAAUGCUUUUGAAACAAAUGUGAAGCAGGCCAACUGAUUGCAGAUACAUAUUCUGUUCUAAAGACAAGUUACAGCCUACUCAGUAAGAUUAAUCCAUUUCAGUAAAAUGCCAUUUGGUUAGUUGAGUUCAUCAGACAAAACUGAGUUUGAUGAAGUAAAAUAAAUGAUCUACAGUAAGGCUCAGUGUGUGAUUCACAGUUGACUGCCCUAUCAUGUGCUGUGUGCACAGUGGUCUUUGUUGACGUCUUCAUGAGGAGAACACUUGAGAAGACACAUUGUCAUUAUGCCCCCACGGACAUAAAAAAGGGAGAAAGGACCUCUUUAUCCUCCACAACAAAUGCACUCUAUGCACAUAAGACUGAAUGACUCAAGCCCUGUCACGAACAUGCGUCGUGAUAAAGCACGUUCAGUUGACGUGUUGAUUAUGAUGUCAUAAUGGAUAGCAAGAGGACCACAAGUGGUCAGGUUCUGCCAAAGUCUGCGGCAGACUAGCCACUUCACAUAGCUCUGUGUGAUGAGUGUGAGUCAUUAGGCCACAUUCUUUGUUGCUAUUUCUGAGCCUUGGGACUUCAGACCUUGUGUGUGAUAUGCUUUGUCAUUUUUGUCAGGAGUCAUCAUUGUUAACUUACUAUGUAACAUUAGUUCUACUGUGAAGGUGCUUCUACUAGUGCUUUGUAUGCAGUAGCCUAUUUUAAGCUUUAAUGGCUAAUUAUCUGGAAAUAUGUAAACCUGUACUGUGAAGUUUUGGUGAACAUUAGACAAGAAGAUGAAUAAAUAUUACAGCCUGUGA